AUGGACCCGGACGCCGCCAAUGACCCCAUCGCUCUCUAUGAAGCCAUCCACAAGCGCUUGUUGAACAACCUCGAGCUGUUUGCACAGCACACCAACCCUUCUAAACUUCGAAACCGAGGACCGCAGACCAUGGAUGAGGAGACUGCUAUCAUCGAGGCCGAGCGGGAGAAGAACACCGGCCCUGAAGCCGAUUACGAUAUUAGCAUGGAAAAACUUAGAGAUAUGCGUGAUCAGCUGGGCCACUGA